AUGGCCACCAAUGCGGAUGACAACUCGGGCCCCGCGACCCAAUGCCAACUCGAAGAGCGCGGAGUAUGCCUUGUAUUCGAUGGAUUCAAGUUCCCUUCUCGACUGAUCAAUGGCGACGCAAUGAAGGCUCUUACUACUCCCAUCCCGGAAAUCGAGCCCGGUCCCGUGACAAUCUACUUCAACGCAUUGGACUUACUCAGCAAAGCUUUGCAUGUCAAGUUAACCUCGCCUCCCCAAUCGCAGGUAGAGUUCAAGUCCGCCGUUGACCGUGCCUGGGGUUUGGCCUCUGUUAACUCUACGUUCUUCCUCGUCAGACAUUUCACGGCGGCCAGAACUAGAUUUCGAGCAAAACUCAAGAACAAGAAUCAUGUUUAUGUGAGGAACGGGGGCAAGAAUCUUGCCAACGACAGCCUGCUCUUCAAGAAGAGUCUUAACGACAUUCUGGAGCAAGCUAGACGACCCCCGGAGGAGAUCCCGACCGGACCACUCGCACCACGCGACAACAUGGUCUUCCCCAUCCAGCCCGCGGAGUACCACACCCCCAUUUCUUCAGCAGAGCUCGCCAAGAACAUCUACGAAGUACUCAUCGCCCAAGGCCCCGUCGGACAUGAGAACACCCAGGAACUGAUUAUCGCCGUCCUCGAAGCCAGCACAAAGCUGGGUACUCGUAUCGUUUUGCACGAAAUGAUGAACGAAGCGCAGAAUGGCAGCUCCGGCAUCCAAAUGAAUCAAUUCCUCUGCCGAGAGAUUUGUCGACAAUUCCAUGUAGCCAUUGAAUCCGCUUGCACCGAUGGCAUUGAUAAAGCAAUGCCCCAGCUAUCCGGGUGCUUAGGACUUUUCGAGGAGUGGAGGCCUCGCCUCGACCUCAGUCCCAACCCCGAAGAAGCAGCUACCUGGCAAGGAGUUCCUGGCAAGAAUGAACAGGACAAGAACGUGCUCGUAGAUGAGGAGGACGAGGAGGUUAAGAUUAUCCUCGCCCACAGACCGCGACAGGAAGACCGCCAACCCUAACUCGGGGAUGACAUGGUAGAUUAGGGAAUCUCUGGGUUAUAGUGUCAGAUAGUAAGACCAGGAUGAUAAGAAAAGGGUGGACGAAAUAGGGCUUCAUUUUUAGUAAGCCAAGAUGUUUGAUAAGCUCGCACCCUUGGUAGCUAAAUACUAUGUCAUGUUGAUAACGCACAGGUCGUGUGCUCCUACUGAGAGGAGAGUAGCCCCCACCAGAUGUACUAGAAAUAUUCUAGAAACCGUAUCCCAACCCAAUUUCCGAUAGCACCCAGCCACAUCCAGAAAU